GUGAAUACCCAGCUGUUGGCAUUCCCAGAUGUGGUCCAGCAAGUCCAUUUAAAGGACACUUGAGUACCAAGAGUAAUGCUUUUUGCAUUGACUCCUCCCGAAGUCUAACCAGCCAGUACCUGAUCAGAGAUCACAUGGUGUUUCAUUAUAACAAAAUCCUUUCAGCCAAAGCAGCCGUAGACUGUUCAGUGCCCAAAAGUAGGUUGACCAGCAUCAAACUUGCUGACCAGCGAAGAAGAGAGAGACUGAAAAAGAAGAUAGCCAGGUGUGAAGAGGAGAUGAGUGUGGGCAAAACUGCCUCCCGAGCCAGCUCCAGAGAGAGCGGAAGGCUGCUGCCGUCCUCUUUUGGAAAGGGUUUCUUGGAAGCAGAAGACAAAGCUGGUCUCUUCCCCUGUGCUGGGCACACCCAGUGCCUGUCGGGAUCACUGUCUCCGUACGGCGAGCAGGGCUCGCUGCGCUCCACUCCGGUGAAAUACACCAGAAAAACCUCCCGGAAUCCAUCAAGUACCCCAAGGAAACGCUCUGGGCUGUCGUGCAGUUGCUCCACUGACAGUUUUGUGAGCACUAGUCAUUCCCAGAGGCAUCAAGGAAGCAGCUCCAAAGUGUACAGUGGGGAUCUUCUAGAGAGGCACUCGGAAUUCUUUACCGGGAGCCGAAAACCUUUCACUCCACGCACCUUGAUAUCAGCUGCGAAGUCUUCCCUGUCAGAGUACAGGUACUACACUCCUGCCCGAAGGAAAAGGAAGGGUCACUCCAAGCAGCACGUGGAAGCUCAAACACAGACCGAUGCAAUCAGCUUUCCAUCUGCAGACAAAGCGUCUGAGAGAAAAUUUCUGCCUGAGCAGCAGCAGAUCACAUUGAAGGCUGAAGGCAGAAGAUACACCGUGGAUGAGUCAGAGAGAGAAAGAGCUGCUUUUCCAUACUCCUUCCUGAGAGAGACAUGGGUGUAUCCUCAGCAGCCUUCAGGCAGGAGGACUCUGGAGGCCGAAGAAGAAGAGCUUUUAUAUUUAGCUUUCAUUGAGGAUGUAACAAAUGAUAUUCUGAGCCUCGGGCUGUUUUCUAACAGAGUGCUGGAAGAACUGUUUGAGUGUCACAUACAGGAAAACAAGAAGCGUUUGGAUGAGGGCAAAAUGCGGCACGUGCUGGAUGUGCUGAAAGCAGAGCUGGGCUGCAGCCCGGGCAGCGCUGUGGAGCAAGUCCACCCAGGCUGGGACACCUUGGGCUCGCUGGAUCUGCAAGAGUUUGACACAAUGGAAGAGCUUGAGUUUCCCAGGACAAGUCAGGGGCAAAGAAAAGCUACAAAAAGUGAAGAAUUCUUUGAGACCAUGGAAUUACCAUUAAAGGAACCAAGCAAUUGUGAAUCCCCAGCGUGCGGGGAAAGUUCAAAGGAGACACACAACGAGGAUGACUUUUUAGAAGGUGUCACUCAAAUGACACAUGCAGGGACAGAGGCUCACUCUGGUGUGAAAGCUGAAGAAGAGCCAGACACUUCACCCUCGCGUGAAGCAACUUUAAACUUGAUUACCUUUGACAGUGACUCAGAAGCCAACAGGGAACUUGAUGACCUUGAAGAAAGCUUUGCAGAGGCCCUUCAGAUCUCACGUGACUAUUCAUAAUAGGAGCCAAAAUACAGCUGGUAAAAUAGGGCCAGAGGCAGUUCUGUGGAGAACUGCCAUUCGUUAAAUAGUAGGAAAUUAUUUGUUUUAUUUUCAGUUUAUUUCUGUUUAAACACUACUCGAGUCUCUCUAGCAGGGUAUUAUUAAUUGGGCAUUAAUUAAUCUCUGUAGUAAUGUAGAUUGUAAAGGAUAAAAUUUCAGUUACCAAAUAUUGUAUAUUUUGCCUAUAUUUGUAUAACUCAGAACUGACUUUUAAGAAUAUUGAAAUAGAUGUAUAUUUUUAGAAAGCUGCAAUAGUAUGUUAUGAAAUAUUUAUUGUUUUCUAUUUAUAUUGAAUAAAUUAAUU